AUGGUGCCAGAUGCUACAUCUUACAAUGACGGGACAGUGCUACUGCAUCUACAUUAUAAUGAUAACCCAAGCGCAAUUUUUAAUUCAUCGAAAAUAUCGUUACGAUUGAUUUUUCCAAAUGGAACUGUACGAGCACUGGAUGUAGAAAUGGGGAAUUAUUAUGAUUCGACAGAAUAUCCUUCGGUGUUUGUUUAUGCGUUGACAAACAAUAAUAUAUUUAUUACGUAUUUGACCUAUACGCGUAAACUCGCAAUCAUUUCAAAUUGGGAUGGAAAAAUCACUUUUGGUCCUUAUGAUCUGGUUGGAUUUAAUAACUAUCGUGAACUUUUUGUACCUAACGUUAAUCCCUCCAAAGGCUUUUUAUGGGCUCAAUGUUCUCCGACUAAUAUCACAUGGUUCCAAUUCACUGCACCUGAUCAAAACGGCCAGAUCUCUCUUAUGAAAACAGGCGUUAUCGUAUCACCUGUAGGGACAAAUUUCAGUCAAGCAAAAGCAUUUCCUACAGUAGACGGAAACUACGGAAUGACAUUAACCGCGCAAACUAACAGAGUAAAAAUUUACAAUGUUGAUAAUUCCACCGUUCCUUUAUCGCCAAAUUGGUUCGCAUAUGCGACCUUUUUAGAUCCGGAGGAAAGCAAAGAAAAUCAAAUGUUUUUGAUUUAUCAGACGAGUGUGAAUUUGACUGAUUUGGAAAUAUGUGAUUGCAGUGCACAUUAUGAUUCGAGCGGGUAUACAUGCAUACUAUUAGCAGAAUUCAAUAAGGAAACUCCGGAAUCAGCGUUUAUGAAAGUUUCUUUCUAUUCAACAGGCUCGAUCCUGGAUAUUGACCAAUUUAAUAUCGAAGCCGAUCACAGUCUUCCCGUGAACCAAUCGUGGAUUUACAAAAUUCGUCCAUUAUAUUACGGCGGGUACAUGACGCUUGAUUUGAAUAUGACUGCAUCCACUCUCACUGGACUCAUUUACGAUCGCGACUCCAAAUUUGUUUCAAAUUGGCAAAUUCCUGACGCUAUGCCAUUACAAGGAUUUAUUGGUCAAGGGCUUCUGCCAAAUAAUACUUUAUGGUUGUCAUAUAUGCAGAUGGUGAAUAAUAAUAGUUGGUCACUAAUUACGACUGAUAUGCCAAAAAUGUUUGAAGACAAUCUCGGAUUCAACAAUCCAAAUGUCAUCAAAGUAUCACCUUACAACCAAAACGUAUCUGUCGGCUGGUCAGGUCAAAUAUCUCUUACAUAUCGAUACCCAAUUGUAUUAUCCUCCGCGAAUAUAUCAAUCUAUCAAUAUCGCGAAAACGGGAACGAUUUGCUACGUCAAACCAUCAAUCCUCAAACAAAGUCAUCGUUUUGUGAAGUGAGCAAUGAUCCAAAUACAAUCACGUGUAUGAUUCUACCAACUACGUGUAGCCUCCCGGAUGCUAAAUAUUAUGUUGUGGUCGAUAAUAAUUUUGCUAAAACUGCUGGGGUAAAUGAACCUCUAUUUGGAAUCAAGCCUUAUUUAUGGAAUUUCACAACAGAAUCAGUUGAAGUUGAUGCGCAAUAUGUUGGGUCCGCUCUAUCUUUAAUGAGACUAUCGCUCGAGGGCUCAACUUUGUUCAAAAAUCUCACCUAUUCUGAAAAGAAGAAAUUUUUUGACGGAAUACAAAACUCACUAGCGGAAAUUUUGCCAGUUGAUCCUAGUCGGAUAAUUCCAACGUACAAGUCACAAGCCGACCCGACCAAUACGGACUUGCAGCUUUUACAAUUUAAGGUGAUGCCCGUCAACAAUUUACGACAACCUAAUGUCAAAAGUAUUAUUUCAUCAGUUGACGUGUUGAUACGUAACAAAUAUAUGACGGGAUUAUCAAGUGAUAAUUAUAUGAAGUAUUCAGAUGAAGCUUAUGGAUUCCAAGCAACACCAAAUUUAUGGGAUGAGAUUAUGUACAGAUUAAUUGGUGGACUUGCAGCAUUUGUGGUAUUAGCAGUGGUUUAUGUUAUUGCACGCCGAAAAAACAAAGAUGCAAAGAAUUUGAUGAUACUCAAAUUUGCACUUUCGGUUACCGAUUUAACAUUCGAUACUCUUUUCGUAGUGAAAAACUCAAGAGAUGUUCCAUGUCUCUUCGUACCGAGUUUGUUCUUUUACGUGUUUCCAUUUUGCAUAAAUUUCUUCUGGGGAUACGCUAUUCUAUUCAGACAAACGCGUCAAUACGAAGAAUUCUCCAAAUGGCUCAAAGAUAACACAAAAAUUGCGACAUUUUUCACAAUAUUAGGUGGAUCUAGCGUGGAAUUGCUUGGUAUUUUGUCGUCACAUAUUUUCGGCCUGGGAUGUUUUAAUGCGCCGUUUCAAGGAGAAGCAGAAAAUUUGAUAUUGUCGGGUGCGAUUUUGAAUCUCAUAAUUGAAGAUAUCCCACAGCUUUUAAUUCAGAUUUUGUACGAAUCCAAAACUGUAUCAUACAGUAUUAUUCCACUAUCCACACUUAUUGUCACUUCCAUAGUAUUAGUCUUCAACAUACUUGCACGUACGUACGAUACGAUUGUAAUCUGUCGCGGGCAUAAUCGGUAUCAAAAAACGGCUAUCGGUCCGAAUUAUAAUAAGGAGUUAGAAAAUGACAAAACGUCUGAAACUAAGAUAUCCCAUACAGUCGGAUAUCUCUAA